CUCUUCCCCGAUGGUUUUCCGUCGCUUUCCGGCAGCGCGACGCUUUUACGACAGGCGGCGUAGCUUUACGGUAGCGGUCCGUGUGUGAGCCGUGAGGGAGCGGAGGCGGCGGGAUGGGGCAGAAGCGGAAAGAUCUCAGCCAUGCAGAGCUGAUGAUGAUGACAAUAGCUGACAUCAUAAAACAGUUAAUAGAGGCUCACGAGCAAGGAAAGGAUGUGAAUCUGAACAAGCUGAAAACCAAGACCUCAGCGAAAUAUGGACUCUCAGCACAGCCACGGUUGGUUGACAUCAUUGCUGCUGUCCCACCACAGCACCGCAAGGCUCUGGUGCCAAAGCUGAAGGCCAAGCCCAUAAGGACAGCUAGUGGGAUUGCUGUCGUGGCUGUGAUGUGCAAACCACACAGGUGUCCACACAUUAACUUCACAGGCAACAUAUGUGUAUACUGCCCAGGUGGCCCUGAUUCUGAUUUUGAAUAUUCAACACAGUCUUACACUGGAUAUGAGCCUACAUCCAUGAGGGCCAUUCGGGCUCGGUAUGACCCCUAUCUCCAGACAAGACAUAGAGUGGAACAGCUGAAGCAGUUGGGUCACAGCGUGGAUAAAGUGGAGUUCAUUGUGAUGGGUGGAACUUUCAUGGCCUUGCCUGAAGACUACAGGGAUUACUUCAUCCGAAACCUUCACGACGCGCUGUCAGGUCACACCUCCAAUAACGUCGCAGAGGCUGUCAAGUAUUCUGAACGGAGCUUGACCAAAUGCGUUGGGAUAACCAUCGAGACCAGGCCAGACUACUGCCUGAAGCGCCAUUUGAGCGACAUGCUGUCCUAUGGCUGCACGAGGCUGGAGAUCGGAGUGCAGAGUGUGUAUGAGGAUGUGGCCAGGGACACCAACAGAGGUCACACCGUGAAGGCUGUGUGCGAGUCCUUCCACUUGGCCAAGGAUGCUGGCUUCAAAGUGGUGGCACACAUGAUGCCUGAUUUACCAAACAUGGGCCUUGAAAGGGACACCGACCAAUUUGUUGAGUUCUUUGAGAACCCAGCUUUUCGCCCUGAUGGCAUGAAGCUCUACCCAACGCUGGUGAUCCGCGGCACCGGGCUGUACGAGCUCUGGAAGACGGGCAGAUACAAGAGCUACCCCCCUAGCACCCUUGUUGAUCUCGUGGCCAGAAUCCUGGCUCUGGUCCCACCGUGGACGCGUGUGUACCGUGUUCAGAGAGACAUCCCAAUGCCACUGGUGAGCUCUGGAGUGGAGCAUGGGAACCUGAGGGAGCUUGCCUUGGCCAGGAUGAAAGAUCUUGGGACACAGUGUCGUGAUGUAAGGACAAGAGAGGUUGGAAUUCAAGAAAUUCACCAUAAAGUGAGACCAUAUCAGAUUGAAUUAAUUAGAAGAGAUUAUGUGGCUAAUGGUGGCUGGGAGACCUUCCUGUCCUAUGAAGACCCAGAGCAGGACAUUCUCAUUGGCCUCCUACGACUGCGAAAGUGCUCAGAAGAGUCCUUCAGACCUGAGCUGAAGGGGGGUGUUUCCAUUGUGAGGGAGCUGCACGUGUAUGGGAGCGUGGUCCCAGUGAGCAGUCGGGAUCCUUCCAAAUUUCAGCACCAGGGAUUUGGCAUGCUACUCAUGGAGGAGGCAGAAAGAAUAGCCAAGGAGGAGCACGGGUCAUGGAAAAUUGCUGUCAUUUCAGAGGCAGAUCCAGCCCAGACACCAAGGUCUGAAUGCACAGCGCUUUGCCCAACUUCAGACCAAGCAUGCAGUGGGGAGGAGGAGCCCAGGGAACCAGAAGUCAGCACAGUGCAGGUGCAUGGGCUGAGCACCAAGGGAUCCCAUCUGCUGCUCCGCUCCUGCCUCACCAGGCGUUGGCACGAGGAACUACUACAGGAAGAUCGGCUACGAGCUGGAGGGGCCAUACAUGGUGAAAAGGCUGCAGUGAACCCAGCAGGUCCUCACCCCACCUGCUGCAAGGAGGGGACGUGGCUGAUCCAGGAGAAAAGCUCACGGUGCUGGUUGGAGGCUGAAAACCAAAGCCUGCCAGCUGCAAAGGACUUGUUUGUGCCCAUGGCAGCAAAUGAGGAGCACGGUUCUCCUGAGGUGUGCUUUGCCCCAGGAGGGGUGGUGGACAUCACACACACAUCCAGGGCUGCCUUUGCUGCGUUGCUAUGUGGGACUGAAUCACAGGUGAACUGAAGGGCACCCUAUAAGGCAGCCCAGUGUGGAAAAGUGUCCAUUAUUUCUAGGAUGCUGCCAUUGGACCUUUAAUAUGCAUUGAAAUUGUGUGGGUUAUUGUGCAACAUAAAUGAAUUCCUGCUCUGUGCCUACUUACUUA